AGUUAACAUUUUUACGUCGAUGUGAGUCCGCGAGCGGCAGUGGUUCGGUGGUAAUAUCCGGUAAUAUCGACGUUUAAAAUGUGAUGCCAACGCUUUUGUGGUUGAAGCGACUUUUAACGUGAUUUAAGGCCGUUUCUUGGUUCACUUUGUGGCCGAUUUACUUUGAAAAAGAUUUUACAGAAAACUGUCCGUCAGCCAGGAGUGAAAAUCCAGAUUAUCUGUAUAUUAUCGUUACAAGUUCUACAAGAUGUUCUGGCUGUUGCGGCGAGACGUGCCACUCUCAGAGCGGCUAGGUGAGGACUCUCCUCUGGCCGCUGCUUCCAGCUCCCUGCCCACUGCGAUUCCAACGGGCCCCAACAUCUCCUGGAUCCCUGAGGUGCCCCUGUUGAGGUCGGACCAGCCGAUCUUCCUCAUGACCUCUGCGGCUCAGGCUGUGUCCGGCUUCUUCGUCUGGAUCGCUCUCAUCCUCACCUGUCACCAGAUCUACAUGCACCUUCGUUUCUACAGCUCUCCUCAGGAGCAGCGACACAUCGUGCGGAUCCUCUUCAUCGUUCCCAUCUACGCCUUUGACUCGUGGCUCAGCCUCCUGUUCUUCACCAACGACCAGUACUAUGUGUACUUCGACACAGUGAGGGAUUGCUAUGAAGCGUUUGUGAUUUACAGCUUCCUGAGUUUGUGCUACGAGUAUCUGGGAGGUGAGAGCGUCAUCAUGGCCGAGAUCCGAGGGAAACCCAUGGAGUCCAGCUGUCUGUACGGGACCUGCUGCCUGAGGAGGAAGUCCUACUCCAUUGGCUUCCUGCGCUUCUGCAAACAGGCCACGCUGCAAUUCUGCGUGAUCAAACCAUUGAUGGCCAUCAUCACCGUAAUCCUGCAAGCUUACGGCAAAUACAAAGAUGGAGACUUCAACGUUGCUGGCGGUUACCUGUAUGUGACCAUCAUCUACAACAUCUCUGUUAGCUUGUCUCUGUACGCCCUCUUCCUCUUCUACUUCGCCACCAGAGAGCUGCUCGUCCCGUACCGCCCCAUGCUCAAGUUCUUCAUGGUCAAGUCGGUCAUCUUCCUCUCCUUCUGGCAAGGCAUGCUGCUGGCUAUCCUGGAGAAAUGCGGCGCCAUCCCUCAGAUUAACUCGGACCAGGUGUCUGUCGGCGAGGGAACGGUCGCCGCCGGUUACCAGAAUUUUAUCAUUUGUGUGGAGAUGUUUUUCGCUGCCGUCGCCCUGCGACACGCCUUCACUUACAAAGUUUACAUGAGUAAAAGUCUCGACGCGCGAGGAUUUCUGUCGACAUACGGAGAGUUUGGCCGCCGUGCUCCCAUGAAGAGCAUCUCCAGCAGCCUGAAGGAAACCAUGAACCCGGGAGACAUGGUCCAGGACGCCAUCCACAACUUCUCCCCGACUUACCAGCACUACACCCAGCAGUCCACACUGGAGCGGGGGGCGGCACCGCCCGUCUGCCGCACCCACAGCAUCAUUGGCGCGACUAACGAUGUGGAGAAGGCGCUCCUGCUCAGCUCCGAUGACGACUUUUAAGCCAACAGAUGAGGUGCACUCAUGUCACGGCUCCAGGUUCAGGACCUUUUUUAUUUUUUUGCACAGACUUAUAAAGUGGCAAAAAUAUUGAUGCCUGUUUUUGGAACGUUUGAGUCACAGCUGAGCUUUGGAACGAGAGUCCGUUUCCUGCUUUGACAAAAAGUUUAAUUUCACAUUACAGGUCAGAAAUGUUUCUCUUUCACAGGAAAAGUUCUGACUACGAUAAAUGUAGGUUAUAAUGUAGUUAGAAAUUCAUGAACUGAUUUCCAAUUAUCCAAUUUUGUGGAUUUCCUACCAAAGUUUUAUUUUAAAUUUGAUUUCUUUAAAAAAUGGGUUUCUGGGGUGUUCGGUUGCUUCUUUUGGUUUUGUUUUGUUUUUGUUUUUCUGGCUUGACUUUUGUUUUGAAAUAUUCCGUUUUGUUUUUUUUGUUUUUUUUUUAAAUGAAUGAAGAAAAAGUUGAUUUGAUUUGGAUGAAGUACGGUCACAACUAGAACGAUAUCAUGAAGGAAUCAAUGUCUUCAAAGCAAUAAUAAUAAUAAUAAUAAUAAUAAAAAAAGUUUGGAUGGACAAACAAAACCAGUUUCUGUUUGAAUUGGAUUACUGUCAAUGUAGAACUUUUAAAAUCCCA